UUUGUGUUGUUCCUGCCAACGCAGCAGCCCUCCUGCUAUAUAGACCCGCCGCGCCGGCCCCGCCGCACUGAGCUCGCGCCGCACGUGUGCUCCAGCCAUGGGGAAGAUCACCUUCUACGAGGACCGGGGCUUCCAGGGCCGCCACUACGAGUGCAGCAGCGACCACGCCAACCUGCAGCCCUACUUGGGCCGCUGCAACUCCAUCCGCGUGGACAGCGGCUGCUGGAUGCUGUACGAGCAGCCCAACUUCUCGGGCUGCCAGUACUUCCUGCGGCGCGGGGACUACCCCGACUACCAGCAGUGGAUGGGCCUCAGCGACUCCAUCCGCUCCUGCCGCCUCAUCCCCCACACCAGCUCCCACCGGCUGAGGAUCUAUGAGCGAGAGGACUACAGGGGCCAGAUGGUGGAGAUCACCGAGGACUGUUCCUCACUCCACGACCGCUUCCACUUCAGUGAGAUCCACUCCUUCAAUGUGCUGGAGGGCUGGUGGGUCCUCUACGAGAUGCCCAACUACCGGGGGCGGCAGUACCUGCUGCGGCCGGGGGACUACAGGCACUACCACGACUGGGGGGCCACGAGUGCCCGAGUGGGCUCCUUGAGGAGGGCCGUGGAUUUCUACUGAAACAUUUUUACUCUACCCUUUUCUCCAUCUAGAAGCUAAUAAAAUAUUUCCUGUGUGUUUCAUGCAGUAAAGUGGUCCUCUU